AUGGCAACUGAGCAACAUGUCACCGUUGGCAUCAUCGGUGGUGGACCUGCCGGUCUGACACUUGCCAACAUCCUUGAGCAAGCCGACAUCUCCUACACCCUCUUCGAAGCCCGCGAUGACAUUGCUCCGCCCGAGGGUGCCAGCCUCGGCCUGAUGCCGAACGGGCUCCGCAUCCUCGAUCAGAUUGGACUCAUUGACGAGGUCGAGGAGUAUGCAGUGGCACACGACUAUUGGGAAUACCGUGACGGCAACGGCACCCUCUACAACACUUUGCACGCAAUGAGAUCCUACCCGGACAUCCUCGGCUACGGAGGAUACUUCAUGGAGAGGCAGCGGGUGCUUGAGAUCCUCUACGAGGGCAUCAAGGACAAGUCCCGGGUGCUCACGGGCAAGACGGUCUGCUCGGUGCAGAGCAGCAGCACCCACGCCACCAUCACCACGGCCGACGGCGACCGGCUGAGCUGCGACUUCAUCGUGGGUGCCGACGGAGUGCGGAGCCUUGUGCGGCGGGAAAUCGAAGCCGCGCUGCCGCAGCUCCACUACACGCCCAACAACAUGCAUGAACAACCGGGAUUCUCCAGCCCUGCUGCCGCUGACCACACAUGUCCCUCCCCUCGCCCAGACUUCGCCACCAGAUACGGCUGCGUGUACGGCAUCUCCAACGCGCUCCCGCAGAUCAACCCGGGGCGGGCCUUCACGGUGCACCAAUCCGACGCGUCGCUGCUCAUCUUCUCGGGCGCGGGCGGCACGCUCUACUGGUUCCUCUUCGUCGACCUGCACGACACCAUCGGCUUCCACGCGCCCGCCGAGCGCAAGAGGCGCUUCACCGACGACGACCUGGCCGCGGCCUACGCCCUCGUGGCCGGCGCCACCGUCACCGCCGGCGUCAGCUUCGCCGCCGUCUUCGCCGCCAAGCGCGUCGCCGUCAUGACCGGCCUGGAGGAGGGCGUCGCCGACGUGUGGUGCCGCGACCGCAUGUUGCUGCUGGGCGACUCGGCCCACAAGAUGACGCCCCACGCCGCCAUGGGCGCCAUGCAAGCCAUGGAAUCCGCCGCCGUCUUCUCCAGCCUCCUCCUCGCCCUGCGCGCCUCCAACCCCGACUUCUUUUCUUCUUCUUCCUCCACCACCUCCCCCACCACCCCCACCAGCAUCCCCCACCCCACCGCCACCCACCUCCUAACGACCUACCAACACCGCCGCCACGCGCGCGCCCUCUCCGUCGUCCGCGGCGCCAACUUCCACUGCGAGACGCAGCUCAAGGUCUCUUCCAACCCCAACCCCAACCCCAUGGCCGCCGGCUUCCUCCAGCGCCUGCCGCACCUCACCAACGAGCUGUGGCUCAACAUGACGCUCGACAGCCUCUGCCGCGCCGACAUGAUCGACGGCUGGCCCGAGCACCGCAACGGCGAGCGCGUGCGCCGCUACGUCGCGUCGGCGCGCCGGUUUCUGGACGGCGCGGAGCAGCGGAUGAAGAGGCAGGUGCAGGGGAUGAUGGCGGUGGCGGGGCCGGGGGCGGCGGCGGCGGCGGCGGUGAGGGGAGUUGUUGGCGAGGGACGGGGACGGGAAGGGGGACAGGAGGGGCAGCGGCAGGGGCAGCAGGGGCAGCAGGAGAAGGAGCAGGAGCAGGAGCAACUGCAAGAGCAGGCUGAGGCGGUGGCUGCGGCUGCGGUUGCGGCGUCGGAUAGCGGCGUUGGUGGAGCCGUUGAUGCAGUGACGGCGGUGGCGAUCGAUGCGCAGCAGCAGCAGCAGCAGCAGCAGCAGCAGCAGUGCCAGCUGCGGGAGAAGCGGGCUGAGAUGGUUUCAACGGCGGCUUGA